CUCCCCCGGCGCAGAACUGCGCUGAGCGCGGCGACCUCGGCGGGGACCGGGGUGAUGCCGCCAGGCCCCGGUCGGGAGGCGCUGCGUCUCCGGCGGGGGACCGCGUGUAAACACUGGGGCAGCAGCCUCGGAAGGGGCAGUGCACGCGCAAGGUGAUGGGAACCAGCUGGCGCGGCCAGCGAGCUGGGGGCGUCUUCUAGCCAGACGCAUGUGGAGGGUUCAAGGCUAAGUCGGCGUUCUCGUUGGUCCGUGUCUUAAUUGAACAAAGCUCGAGUGCCUGCUGUGUAGUGAGCGAGCGCUGGGUUGUGCCUGGGAAGUCCCCGCCCUUCGGACAAACUGCACUGCACACCGUUACCUAGUUACUGCUGCUCGAAGGAAACGCGGGGUGCCGGUCGGGGAAGGGGAGGCGAUGCUUGAGUUGAGCUCCAGGAAUGAUUAAGGAUGAGCUUGGAGAAUGGGGUGCUGGUGUUUCGAGCAGAGGCAAUAGUGUGGACAAGGCCAUCGAGGGGCUGAAAGGCCAGCGUGGCUGGAGGGCAAGGGGAAAGCAGGUGUGGCUGUGAAGUGUGCGGGGACCAGAGUGGACAGGCCUUGUAGGCUGCGGGGAGUUGGGUACACAGGGCAGAGAAAGAUGAGGUUGGGCCUGAUUGGGGACGGCCUGCUGGCCAUGCUAAGGAGUCUAGAUGUUAUCCUCUUGGCUCUAGCAAGCAUAGCGGGUUUGAAGCAUGGCAGGGAUAUGAUUAGCACUGUGUUCUAGAAAGAUGCCCCUGGCUGUCGUGUGAGGGUUAGGCCCAACUGAGUUUGGAGGUAAGUUUGGAGAGGAAGUGGCUGCAGUGACUAAAGUGAGAAACACAGGGAAACAGUGUUGUGUGGAGCUUGUGGCAGCUACUGAAAUUCAGCAAAGAGCCUGGCACACAAAAGGACUUUGAUAAAAGGCUUGAACUUUGCUGAGAAGAUGGAGCCCGUGCAGGAGGCAGCAGGGUCUGCAGACUUUCUACUGCCGUGACCACUGAGUGACCUUAAACCAGUCCCUUCCUCUUUCUAGCUUCUUUUCCUCAUGUAUUGUAAAGUGAGUAAUACCUCCUCUCCUAGCGGUAGAAGAGAGGCCCUCCAAGGGAGGUUUCCAGAAAGAGCUGCUUCGGUCAGCGCAGCCCAGCCCCUCUUCACAGGCUGCCCUUGGCUCCCCAGUGACUUCUUACCCAGGGCAUUCCCAGCCCUUGUGACUUGAACCGCCCCCCACCACCACCAUGUACCUUUGCGGCCUUACCAUACUCUGCUCUUUACAUAUCUCUUCACAUUCCUUUCCUAGAGCUGUGGUGCUGUUUUCCUUCCCUUCUUAGCCCCUCUGAACUCACCUUGGGGCCUUGGGGCCUGGGACUGAACUCACCUGGUCACCUGCCGGGUGUGCCUUUCUUAAGCAGUGAUACUCAGCCUCUGCUAGAAUUAUGUAUUCAGGUCGUAUCUCUCGUCUAGAUUAUGAGAUCCUUGAGAGCAUGGCUGUGUCUUACUCCUUCCAUAGCCCCUACAGUGCCCAGCACAGGGCCUGGCACAGAGUGAGUAUUGUUAGUGUUCGAAGAACAAGGGACUGAAUGAGCUCAUUGACUGCAGCUGCUCACCAGGCAAGGGCAGCUGUGAGGAAUCCAGUCAGCAGCAACUCCACCCAUCUGCGUCUUGCUUUAACAGUUCAUUAAGUACUUUAAAAUCCUGUUUCACCGAUUGACUCUUAAGGAAGAGGAGUCUGGUUCCUUAAGAUGGCCUGAUAUGAAGGCGUCACGCCUCCUGCGUCCCCAAGCCUCCAGAGCUGCCCUGUGGCUGCCUUGUCCUUCAAGUGCAGGAGCCAGUCGAAAUGUCGGGAAUGGAAGCCAAUGUGACCAUCCCGAUCUGGCAAAACAAGCCGCAUGGGGCUGCUCGAAGUGUAGUGAGAAGAAUCGGGACCAACCUGCCCCUGAAGCCAUGUCCCCGGGCAUCCUUUGAGACCCUGCCCAACAUCUCUGAUCUCUGUCUGAGGGAUGUGCCCCCAGUCCCUACUCUGGCUGACAUCGCCUGGAUUGCUGCAGAUGAAGAGGAGACUUAUGCCCGGGUCAGGAGCGAUACACGCCCCCUGAGGCACACCUGGAAGCCCAGCCCUCUGAUCAUCAUUCAGCGCAAUGCCUCAGUGCCCAACCUCCGUGGGUCAGAGGAGAGGCUCCUGGCCUUGAAGAAGCCGGCCCUGCCGGCCCUCAGCCGCACCACAGAGCUGCAGGAGGAGCUGAGCCACCUGCGCAGCCAGAUUGCUAAAAUAGUGGCAGCUGAUGCAGCUUCGGCUUCAUUAACGCCAGAUUUCUUAUCUCCAGGAAGUUCAAAUGUCUCUUCUCCCUUACCUUGUUUUGGAUCCUCAUUCCACUCUACAACUUCCUUUGUCAUUAGUGACAUCACCGAGGAGACCGAGGUAGAGGUCCCUGAGCUUCCAUCAGUCCCCCUGCUUUGUUCUGCCAGCCCUGAAUGUUGCAAACCAGAACACAAGGCUACCUGCAGCUCUUCUGAAGAAGAUGACUGUGUCUCUCUGUCCAAGGCCAGCAGCUUUGCAGAUAUGAUGGGUAUCCUAAAGGACUUUCACCGGGUGAAGCAGAGCCAAGAUCUGAACCGGAGUUUACUGAAGGAGGAAGACCCAGCCGUCCUUAUCUCUGAGGUCCUAAGGAGGAAGUUUGCGCUAAAGGAAGAAGAUAUCAGUAGAAAAGGAAACUGAUGGCACUCAGCUCUGCAAACUCAGUCUCAUGCUCCUGGAAUUCUUUCAAUAGCUGCCUUCCUCACUGCAGAUGUUUCUGCCUCUCAAUUAGAAAUCUUCUGCAACAGUCUUGCCGAAAGCUAGAGCUUGGACUAAGAGAAGAGCUGCAUUAUGUUUUCCGUACUUCAGACCUUAGCAGAAGCUGCCUGUUUUGAGCUGAGACACGUUACAGGUAAUUGUGUAGGUUGGAAUGUCCCAGUUUAAAGGGUGAGAGAAGUUUCUGGUUUUUCCUUGCCCCUGUG